AUGGAAUACCACCCAACGGUCCAACACUGGCGUAAGAGAGUAACUGAUGACAUGAUAAUGCUCUAUCCAGAUUACGGACGUUUUGUUAAAUUCGUGACAGACGAGGACUUGAAAUUAAUGGAGGAAAUAGCGCGCGCGGGGACAGCUAAACUGGAAGAGCUGGGAGUGGUGGUCGGCGAAUUUUUGAAAACAAAGAGUAACGGUAAACAUUACAAGACGUUUAGGAUGGUACAAAAGGAAUUUCAUGCCAAAUUAGUAAAAGCUGCUUCGGGUAUCGACCGAACUGCAUCUAGGAAAGAGACGAUAUUAUAUCCGAGGAAAAAAUAUGACCCGGCGAGUUUCUCGACGCUUACGUCACCUAAUUCGAGGCGUGAAGUUCCAUCGAGUUGUCACCUAACCACAAAAUACACCCCAGAUAGAAGAACAGGCACAGUAUAUAAUUUCCUAAAUUCUAAUCAAACUUAUCAUACAUCACCGAUAUCGAAAUUACAAACAAAUGUAUCAAUUGAUGGGAAUAAUAAAAGUGAUGAUAAAAUGUCAAAUGAAAUUCUAUUCAAUAGAGGAUCGGGUUCCACGAGUAAAUCGGCUGUUACUCCUACAAGAAAGACCAAAAACAAAAACAUUAUUGUCUAUGAUCUUUAUAAUAAUGAUAUUGAAGAUAAUGGUAAUGGUCUCAAUAAUAAAUAUUUCAAUCAUAGGGAUUUCAAGUUCAAUAAAGAUUAUGAAUUCAGUACCCAGAUGAUUUGGUAUACGCCAAUACGAUUGGAUCAGUAUUGUGAAGAACAAUUAUCGAAAUUCUCUUUUGAUAAAUCAUUUGAAAUAGUUCGGUUUAUGAAACCUUUUGGAAAAUUAGACUGGGUGUCAAUUGAUUGGCGUGCAUUAUCGGAGACAUUACCAGCAGAUGUUUACGAUGAAAUGCAUAGACUUUCCAAAAAGCAUCUGAUUCAAAUCUUACCAAAGAAAGCAUCAAAUAAUACUUGGGAGUCGAAUGGAAAUGAUGAGAACUGUACUACGAUCAUAUUUUCAGCGGUUUUGGAAUGGACACCGAGAGAGCAUCAAUUACGUCUGAACCCACCAAAAAGAUGUCGAUCUAAAAGAUUUUAUCGGCAAUUUGAUUCAGACCGAUUUCUUAGUUUAAAGCUUGAUGCGGAUCUGCAGAAAAUUAGUUCCGAGGAACUCGAGAAGUUGAAGAAACUUUUACUCGCACCAAUUACAUUAGCUGGACGAACGUUCGAGUUUUUAUACGGAAAGGAUAGUACAAUCUUUUAUUUUGCAACUCGAGGGAAAAAUAUAAAAGAAAUAUCAAUUGAUAAACUAAUCGAUUGGCAUAUUCCAUUCAGAGGGAACAAUCUCGAUAUGUCAGUUUCGAAAUUUGUUUCUCGUAUUUCUCUUGGUUUGUCAGAUACUCAAGCGACGGUUGUUUUUCAACCAAACCAAAUAAGAAUUGUCAAAGACGUGAAAUCCGAAAAUGGAGAACACUGUUUGACUGAUGGAUGUGGUACUAUUUCAUUGUUGGCUAUGAAAAAAGUUGCAGAAAUCAUGUUAUGCACAGAAACUCCGUGUGCAUUACAGGCUCGCAUUGGAUCAGCAAAAGGAAUUUGGUUUUUGGAUCCUAAUUUGGAUAGUUCAAGUGGGAUUUGGAUUGAAUUAAGGGAAUCCCAAAUUAAAUAUGAUAUCUGGUGUAGCGAUGAAGAUCGUUUGGCCGAUAAAAUUUUGCGUACAUUGGAUGUCGUAAAACUCAUAAAAUUUCCGUCGACUUCUGGUUAUUUAAAUACACAAUAUAUACGUGUUUUGGAAUGUGGUGGGGUUGGACAAGAAGUAUUUGUUGAAUUAGUUCAAGAAGAUAUUAAUGAAUACAGAUCGAGAAUAGUUGGUUGUAAUGACCCGUUGGAACUGAUAAAUUGGCUUGAAGAGAGCUGUAAUAUCAUGGGAAUGCGAUUAGAUGAGGAACAAAAUGCUAAAAUUUAUGAUGACUCGUUCUCGGAGACAUCAUCUAAUAAUAGUUUUUCAUCGGAGGAAUUGGGUGAACAAGAUAUUUCAUCUGGGUUCCCUUCAUCUGUCAAUGAAAGAUGUCUACAGAUGUUACAUGCGGGAUUCACCCCUCAAACUUGUCCGUAUCUUGCUCAGGAGCUUACCGGAAUAGUGAAACGAGCUCUUAAUAAGCUCUCGUCCAAAUUCCGAAUCAAAGUACCUUUAUCUCGAGUACUGACAUGCAUCGCAGAUCCAACUGGAUCUUUGAACCCCGGUGAAAUAUUCAUUCAACUUGAUCCGAGAGCUGGACUUGAUACAAGGACUGGAUUGUCUUUUGGCGUCAUUGAAGGUGACGUAAUUGUGGCGAGAACACCAUGUCUUUUGCCAUCCGAUAUUUGUAAAGUUCGCGCGGUGAAAAAUACAAAGUUGUUGAAAUAUUUUAAUAUCGUGAUCUUUCCGAUCAAAACCCAAGAGACAAAUGAAGGAUCUUUGGUUAGUCGCCUAUCUGGAGGUGAUUAUGACGGAGACGUGAUUUUUUGUUGCUGGGAACCUCGAAUCGCAAAACCUUUUCGAAAUAGUCCAGUCCUAAAAACACAAUCAGCUGUAAAAGACGCUAUUCUCACCGACAAGACAAAAAUAAAAGACAUUCUAUAUACGGAAAAACCACGUCAAAUCUCGUUGCAGGAAAAAAUUUUGGAUAUUCAUAUAAAAGACAUUACAAAAAAAUUGAAUCUAUACAAUUAUUUUCAUGAUCUUUGCGUUGAUCGUUACGGAAUCCAAGAUCGAAAAUCAAUCUACUUUGCGCAAAUGUGUGGAUACUUGGUGGACGCGUUAAAACAAGCGCCGGAUGAAGAUAUUUCACGCCAGAACCUCAGGACUACCGGAUUCAUGGAUAGUCUGUUAGAAUCGAUUCGUGGAUUGCUUACUGAAGUGAAUUCCCCCAAAUUUACUAUGGCUCCUAAUGCGACUAAUGAGAUCGAUGAUGACCUCACGGCCUUGUUUGGCCGUGAACUUGAACAAGCCAAAGUGAACUCACCAUAUUAUGAGGAUCUUCGCCUUAUAGAAAAUACAAUGGUCCAAUUGGAAAAAGAUUUUCGAAGUGAGUACAGUAAAGCGCUCACGAGGAAUCAAGAAUGGAAUAAGAAUCCAGAAAAUGCCGAGAAACCACGCCCAAUUUCAAUCAAUGAAGAGCUCGCCAAUAUUGAUCAACAAUUCAUUCAACGGUUUCUCGAGUCCCCUCCAAUUUCCGAAUUCCGUGAUGAAUUUUUGAAAAGUGUUAGCAACCCUUUUUCGCCAAAAGCCGCUCUUAUAAUUGGUUUAAAAGCGAGUUGCCUUUACACAUUCAGUUUCAAAACUGGACCGACAAAAGUUUGCUGUUGGAAAUUAGCCUUUCGGGCUUUAUGCAACAUAAAGAGCUUUCAACUUCAUAGCAGCCAACAAGAAGCAACGAAACCAUGCACUGUGUAUGGUGGUCCUCGCCAUUUAGCCGAGAAUAUUUGGAUAACUCAGAAAUUAGAUAAAAGAUGGAUCAAAAAUCGAACAAUUAAUGGAUAA